ACUGUGUCUGCAGUGACGGAAUACAGUGCAGAGGAGUAAAGACAGCAGGAUUUCACACUGAAUUCAGCACAGUGUCUUUGAGAGUAUGUGUGCAUGUGUGUAUUUUUAAUUUGUUUCUUUGAAUUCUAACCAUCAACAAACAUGGGGAAGAAAUCCAAAAAAGGAUGCGAUUUUAAAGCUGUUUUGAGGAAGAACUGGUUGCUCAUGAGCACAAUUCUCGCUGUAGUGUUAGGUAUCGUGACAGGAGUUCUGGUGCGAGAACUUGCCAUUUUAUCAAACCUCGACAAAUUCUACUUUGGGUUUCCUGGAGAGAUUCUGAUGAGAAUGCUGAAGCUGAUUAUUUUACCUUUAAUUGUUUCCAGUAUGAUUACAGGAGUCGCUACUUUGGAUUCAGAUGUCUCAGGGAAAGUUGGAGUACGGGCAGUGGUGUAUUAUUUUUCAACUACUAUUGUUGCUGUGAUUUUAGGAAUUGUGUUGGUGAUGACCAUCAAACCUGGCGUCUCUCAAAAAGCUGAAGAAAUUGACAGGAGUGGAAGUACCCCAGAAGUCACCACUGUAGAUGCCUUGCUAGAUCUUCUUAGGAAUGCAUUCCCAGAAAACCUGGUCCAGGCCAGCUUUCAACAGUAUAAAAGCAAACGACAAGAAAUUGAACCUGUAAAUAAUGCCAGUGUUACCACUGGGGUAACAGUUACUGUUAUAAUGACCACUCAAAUGAAUGAGAGUAUAACCAAGGACUACAAAGUGAUCGGCAUAUACUCUGACGGAAUCAAUGUGCUGGGUCUUAUUGUCUUCUGCCUAGUGUUUGGGAUUGUCAUAGGACAAAUGGGAGAAAAAGGCAAAAUUCUACUGGACUUCUUUGAUGCAUUGAAUGAAGCCACCAUGAAAAUAGUGCAGAUCAUCAUGUGGUAUAUGCCAAUUGGCAUAUUAUUCCUGAUUGCUGCAAAAGUAAUGGAAGUGGAUGACUGGGAAAUUUUCCGGAGACUUGGGCUAUAUAUGGCUACAGUAUUGAGUGGAUUAGCCAUCCAUGGUAUUAUCAUCCUGCCUAUGAUCUACUUUAUUGUGGUACGGAAAAACCCCUUCACAUUCAUUGGUGGGAUGGCUGAGGCGUUACUGACUUCGGUGAUGAUUUCAUCCAGCUCGGCAACUUUGCCAGUGACUUUCCGAUGUGCUGAGGAAAAGAAUAAAGUGGACAAAAGGAUCACCAGAUUUGUGUUGCCAGUGGGAGCCACCAUAAACAUGGAUGGGACAGCUCUAUAUGAAGCAGUUGCCGCUAUAUUUAUUGCUCAGCUGAAUGACUACCCAUUGGAUGCAGGACAGAUCGUUACCAUCAGCAUUACAGCAACAGCAGCUAGCAUAGGAGCAGCUGGAGUUCCUCAGGCUGGAAUGGUUACCAUGGUGAUUGUUCUCACUGCUGUCGGAUUACCUGCUAAUGAUGUCACGCUGAUCAUUGCCGUGGAUUGGCUUCUGGAUCGAUUUCGAACAAUGGUAAAUGUACUUGGAGAUUCUUUUGGGGCUGGAAUUGUGGAGAAGCUGUCUAGAAAGGAAUUGCAACAGAUGGAUCUCUCAAGUGGCAUUGACAUAGUGAAUCCAUUUGCUUUGGAAACAGCUGCCUCGGAGAAAGAAGAAAUGAAGAUAAAAGAAGCGUAUGUCAAUGGGGCAUUUGAUAUAGAUAAAUCAGACUCUGUAGCUGUCACAGAAACGUCACAGUUUUGACUGAAUAAGAAUGACAAUUUGUGACUGGCAAAGCUGUGAAUCUGAAUGAAUCUGAAUGAAUCUGAAUCCCACCAACAACAAAUACAUUAAGAUAAGCUUUUGAAAAUAUAAUAUAUACUGAUCAUUGAACACCCUGAUAAUCAAUUGCAAAUUAUUUCUCCAUCAGCUUGCAAUCAAGAUAUGUUAAUGCUCCAGUCUAAGUGCAUGGAGUGGGAUACCAAAGGGUAACUGUUGCAAGUCAGUUGUUGUUGGAACCAAUAGAGCUAAGAAUGGGUAAUAACUAUUUCAUGAAAUAAAAAUUUU